GCAGUUACAUUCUGCCAUACUUGUUUUUAUCUUCUUCCAGUCAUGGCGACACUGACGAAGCUCUCAGUAAUCGCCAUUGUCAUUUCAAUGUCAUUGUUUCUCCUCGCUACUGCAGAUGUCUACUUCGAGGAGAGAUUCGAUGAUGGAUGGGAGGAUCGUUGGAUAAAAUCUGAUUGGAAAAAGAGUGAAAACAUGUCAGGGGAAUGGAACCACACUGCUGGUAAAUGGAGUGGAGAUCCUCUUGACAAAGGUAUCCAAACUACUCAAGACCUGAAGUACUAUGCCAUUUCAGCUGAGUUUCCAGAGUUCAACAACAAGGAUAAGACGCUAGUUUUCCAAUUCUCAGUUAAACAUGAACAGAAACUAAACUGUGGGGGUGGUUACAUGAAGCUCAUUAAUGGCACAAUUAACCAACAAGUAUUUGAUAGUGAUACCCCUUACAGUAUAAUGUUUGGGCCAGACAUCUGUGGAGAAAACAACAAAAAAGUUCAUGUUAUUCUCUCACGCAAUGGAAAGAAUAAUCAGAUAAAGAAGGAGAUAUCAUAUACGAUUGACCAACUCACUCAUCUGUACACCUUGAUAAUUAGAUCUGAUGCUACAUAUAACAUCCUUAUUGAUAAUGAGUUGAAGCAAUCUGGGAGUCUUUACAGUGAUUGGGAUAUACUUCCUCCAAGGCAAAUUAGGGAUCCUGAUGCCAAAAAGCCAGAAGACUGGGAAGAUAGAGAGUUUAUAGCUGAUGAGAACGAUAGCAAACCAGAGGGAUAUGAUAACAUUCCAUCCGAGAUUCCUGACCAGAAUGCUAGAAAGCCAGAAGAUUGGAACACUGAAGAGAAGGGAGAGUGGAAAGCACCCAUGAUCCCAAACCCUGAAUAUAAAGGACCAUGGAAACAAAAGAAAAUAAGGAAUCCGAACUACAAAGGAAAAUGGAAGGCACCGAUGAUUGAUAAUCCAGAAUUUGUAGAUGAUCCAGAUAUCUAUGUUUAUCCUAACCUGAGAUAUGUGGGAAUUGAGUUGUGGCAAGUAAGAGCAGGCACACUAUUUGAUAACAUUUUGAUUUGUGAUGAUCCUGAGUAUGCAAAAAAGGUUGCAGAAGAAACAUGGGGCGAGAUCAAAUAUGCUGAGAAAGCUGAAUUUGAGAAGGCAGAAAAACUAAAGAAAGAAGAGGAAAACAAACUAGGAACUCCAUUGAAUGAUGACGAUGAUGAAGAACUAGAUUACGAGGAACCUGACUGGGAAGCAAAAUUAAAAGAAGAUGACGAAGGAAAACAUGAUGAGCUUUGAAGUGGCACUAAGGAACAAAUAAAGAGUGAAAGUGGAGUUAUAUAGCAUGUUUCUGCUCUUUCCCACUUUUUUUGCACUUUUGAGAUAUUAUAAUUUAAAGAAUGUGAACAUUUUACUGAAGAAGCAAUUGAAUAAGUGUUCUUUUAUCCAUUGCCUGAACACUAAAAGAAAGGUUGCCAAAUACUACAGUUGCAAGUGAUGAGCCUGUAGUAUGAUUGAAUGCAAAUUGACAAAUCCAGUUUUUGACU